UUCAUUCCUUCCCAGGCAUGAAUGGCAUACAGUACAUUAUAAAGUACAGUACUUCGUAAAGUACAGCUCAGUGCAUUAUUAUUCUAAUUACACCAUUGGGCCCUGGCGAAGAAGUUCUUGGUCUUGAAUUGCAUCAGCGAAGUUACUUGUGCCAGCAAGCAAGAUCUCGAUUGUUGCAUUACGCGAUACAACAAUCUUCAUGAGCGAACUUUCCUCGUAAUAACGAAGGCUGAGCUGACAGUGAUGUGACAUACUUUGUGUACCGUACUUACCUCGGUGCUCGCCAUACUACAGAUUAUAUUCGCUGGAAUAUCCCCGUUAUUGAGUGGAGCGCAAAAUGUCAAAGGAACUUCUGAAAACUCUGAAAUCAAAACUGCAGACCCUGAAGCUCCCUGCUUCAGAAGGAUCAAAGGAAAACGGGUGGCAAAGGAGCAAUUCCAAUGAAUCUCCAUCUCCAAGCCGCAGUCAAUGCAGCAGUGCUCAUAAUUCAGAAACAGUGAGUAGAUUUACGACACCUCGUCGACUGUCAAAAGCCUUGAGUCAUGCAUCAAGCCAAGCAUCAAAAUGCACAAGGCUGAAAAGGGAAUACGGACUUGAAACUGGCGCUUGGGUUUGGGACCAUGAGUCAAAGACAAUCACUUUUUACACUGAUCAUCAUCUCGUCGCUUGGGACAUGCCAUCGACCAGCAGACCGUCGCAAUUGCAGCAGCAGCAGCAGCAGCAGCAGCAGCAGCGAUCCGCUGGUCUGCCCUCAUCCUCUCUCAAGUUCAGGAGGAAAGAGGAGAUGCUCAAGAAAAUCUCGACGAGCGGCGCUGCGCAAGAUCCCGCCAUUUCCAACCGUGCCAUUAGACGCAGGGGAGUCGUAACCUUGCAAGACGUCAAAGCCGUUGCGCUCCUGGAACUCGCUGAUGGUGGUGACUUGCAACAAGUGACGAGGCACGGGAUGAGGAAAUUGGUGGAUAUGGAAGCGUCGGACAAGCUGCUGCUCUCGCUCAUCAAUUACUUUCAAUUCUAUCAACGGGGAGUCGUAUACAAACGCAGGUUUCGAUUUGAGAGAGAAACCACACACAUUGACUCAUUUUUCGACAUAGUCACAAGUUUUCUCGCCUUGCAAUGGCCGAAACAAGCGGGAAAUUCGCAAUUGAAGACGUUGAACAAACUAAGGGACCAGGCGGAAAUUUACGAGUCCACAAAAUAUUUGUAUCCCUUUUCGGAGGAUACAUUCGGAACUUUGGACGAAAUUUUUGAAAAGUCAUAUUUGGUCUUGAAAGCAUAUGCCAUGAUGGUCGGGGGACACAACAAAGAUCAGCAUUACAGGAAUUGCAAAGAAAAAUUGAAUACUCUGCUCAAAAAGCGCGGCGAGGACAAGCGCACAUUUGAGCGUCAACUCAACGAACUAAAACCAACUUUAGAAUCAGCCCUUCAAAUGGCGUCAGAGGAUUACCGGAAAAUACUUGCCACCGGAGCUUUAUACGUCAUAGCAACGGAGAAAUUGGCGAAGGGCAGUUUGCCGAAAAACCAAUACGAUUUCUUAUUUGAAUAUUACAUCCGAUUUUUGUCGAUCACGGUUUGGAUUGCACUGGAAAGACAGGACUAUGAAUCAAUUCAACGUGAAACCGAUUCUUUGUUCGGAUGCGUUUGGGACCCAGACAAAUUCAGGGACCCGAUGAAAAUUCAUUUCAAGCCGAACAUGAGCCUGAACGUUUCGCGGUUGUUCAUCCGACACGAAGAAUCUCGGUCCAGGAGAGGAUCCAAAACGGGGCAAAUAUUUUCCGUCGGUCCGGAAGCUGGGAAAGUCGGGAUCAUCGGACAGUUGUGUCAGCAAUUCAACGAGUCUUUAGAGCGCACUUCAAAACUCUGACAUAUUUUACGGCGAAUUUUCCGGGACAACAUAUUCAAAAGUUAUCAUAAAACGACCAUAUCAAAAUGUACGACUGUUAUGUUAUUUCUUUGUCCUUGGCACCGCCGUCACGGUAAUUCGCACACUCGCAAAGCAAAUUUUUCUGACACGAAUGCACCAAUAAAAGCCGAGCUUUGCGUGACGAAAAGA